AAAAGCCGGUGUUGCCAGAUUGGACGUCUAAACUCGGAUUUGAGGCACUUGUAUUUGCAUCAUGUAAACAUGGUGUUUCGUCGGUAGACUCACUAAUACUAACACCAUUGCUUCGGAAUAUUUCCGUUAAUCCCGGAUUACAGACAAAUACUCCAUGAAAUACAUUUAUCACAAUCUGGCAACCCGUGUUGACUGUUGGUAAAGUAAAUCAAGCGGAUGAUCUGAUCCAUACGGCUUUAUACCGCACACACACACACACACUGCACCCGGAGAAGCAUUGGGCAAUGAGAGUGAAACAGGGGGCCGAGGGAGGACAGCCGUGUAGUACAGAGGAGGAGCUGCUGGAGAAGCCCGUGAUAACGCCGGAGGACGUCCUCGGCCUGCAGAGGAUCACCGACAAUUACUUGUGUAGUCCAGAGGAUAAUGUCUAUAAGAUCGAGUUCACCAGGUUCAAGAUCCGCGACAUGGAGACAGGGGCAGUUCUUUUCGAGAUCACUAAGCCUCCUGCUCUGGAGAGCGCAGAGGACAGAAGAAAGGACCUUGACCCCAACGCUGGGCGCUUUGUACGUUACCAGUUCACUCCAGCCUUUCUGCGGCUACGACAAGUCGGAGCUACGGUGGAGUUCACAGUAGGAGACAUUCCCAUUAACAACUUCCGCAUGAUCGAGAGGCACUACUUCCGAGGACGGCUACUAAAGAGCUUCGACUUUGAGUUUGGAUUCUGUAUCCCCAGCAGCAAGAACACAUGCGAGCACAUCUACGAAUUCCCGCCCAUCUCUGAGGAGCUCAUGAAGGAGAUGAUCCGGUACCCGUACGAGACCCAGUCGGACAGCUUCUACUUUGUGGACAACAAGCUGGUGAUGCACAAUAAAGCGGAUUACUCCUACAGCGGAGGCCCAUAGGUGCUUUAUCAGAAACAUGGACUGAAGCAUUAAGGCUCCCAAUCCAGUCUUGGAAUAUUUGUUUGGCAAAAAACAUCCCAUCCUCAGGGUUUGUGUGUACGAGUGUGUGUGUGUGUGUGUGUGUGUGUGUGUGUACACUGAAAAGUUGAACCUGCUGACCCUCAUAUUAUGUUAUUCCUAGAACAGUUUUUCUUUGAUUAUUGGCUAGAACAGAGUGUGUGUGCCUGCAUGUAUGUGAGUGUAUAGUUGUGUAUACAUUCAUGUGCAUUAAUAGGUUGCAUGACACGUCUUUUGUUUGUGCUCUUGUGUGUUGUGUGUAAUACUAAAAUUUAGAUGCCGUUCAUUCUCUCAAUAUGCACUCUUUACUUCAGUAUGUAGUAGGGACACACUGAUACCAUUCAGUUUUUAUUCAUUUUUUUAUAUUUAUCACUAAUGAAACAGAAAAGAGUAACCUACUUGGAAUUACACAAACCAGUAUGUGGCACAGAAUGUGACACUUAACUCUGUUGAAAGUGAGUAAGGUUUUAGUAAGCUGAUCUUCAAGAAUGAUCUAUUGAGUUUUUCAAGAGCUGUUAUUUUCUCUCACCUAGCGGUUUCUGUAGACAUUCAUUUCACUAUGCUUAAAUCACUUUGCAAAUAUGAAUACGAGUAAAUGUGCUUCGUAUUGGAACAAUAUCUGGUAUUAAUAUAUCCCUAGUGUAUAGUUUUGAGGUGACAUACAUAACAUUCUAAACUUUUCCUACUGUGUGGUUUUGGAACCAAAAGAGUGUGUGUGAGUGAGAGUGUGUGUGAGUGAGAGUGUGUGUGAGUGAGAGUGUGUGUGAGUGAGAGUGUGUGUGAGUGAGAGUGUGUGUGAGUGAGAGUGUGUGUGAGUGAGAGUGUGUGUGAGUGAGAGUGUGUGUGAGUGAGAGUGUGUGUGAGUGAGUGUGUGUGUGAGUGAGUGUGUGUGUGAGUGAGUGUGUGUGUGUGUGAGUGAGUGUGUGAGUGAGUGUGUGAGUGAGUGUGUGAGUGAGUGUGUGAGUGAGUGUGUGUGUGAGUGAGUGAGUGAGUGUGUGAGUGAGUGUGUGUGUGAGUGUGUGUGUGAGUGAGUGUGUGAGUGUGUGUGUGAGUGAGUGUGUGUGUGAGUGAGUGUGUCAGUGAGUGAGUGAGUGUGUGUGUCAGUGAGUGAGUGAGUGUGUCAGUGAGUGAGUGAGUGUGUGUGUCAGUGAGUGAGUGUGUGUGUCAGUGAGUGAGUGAGUGUGUGUGUCAGUGAGUGAGUGUGUGUGUCAGUGAGAGUGUGUGUGUGAGUGAGAGUGUGUGUGAGUGAGUGUGUGUGUGUCUGUGAGAGAGUGAGUGAGUGAGUGAGUGUGUCUGUGUGUGUGAGUGAGAGUGUGUGUGUGAGUGAGAGUGUGUGUGAGUGAGAGUGUGUGUGUGUGUGUGUUACUCUUAAGCUCUGUGCAGUUACUGAUUGAGUUGAAAGGGUUUAGCCUUCUGCCCCUACACCCUUUUUUUUUAAUGGAUGAUUUGGUUAAUCAUUGAUUAUUUAUGCUCUUUAUCUGAAGUAUAUUUUUUAAAAGGCAUGUAAAAAGAUUCAGAGAGAGAUCUAUAUUAAGUGUUAGAUGUGUUUAUUAAUGUUAUCAUUGUUGACUCUAUAUUCUUGAAAUAAAUAUUGUUUCUUUAUUAAA